AUGUUUAUCAUAAGAAAAAUAGAGCAUACUCAUACAUGUUCAUUGGACAUUACUUCUGGAGACCAUCCUCAAGCUACAAGCAACCUGGUUGGAAAGGUUAUAAAAAACAAGUUUGUAAACCCAAAAAGAGAUUACACUCCAACAGAAAUUGUGGAUGACAUGGCAGAUGAUUACAGUGUCUCUAUAUCUUACCAAAAAGCAUGGAGAGCUAGAGAAAAGGCAAUUGUGGAUGCUCGUCGCUGCCCACAAGAAUCAUACAGUGAGAUACCAUCAAUUUUAUACAUGAUACAAAUAUCAAACCCAGGAACAAUUACAGACCUAGUAACAGAUGAAGAUAACAAAUUCAAAUAUCUAUACUUUGUAGUAGGUGCUUCAAUAAAAGGUUGGCAACACUGUACACCAAUAAUAGUCACGAAUGGAACCUUUUUAACAAACCAACAUGGAGGCACUUUGUUGAUAGCAAGUGCACAAAAUGCAAAUAGACAUAUAUUCCCACUUGCAUUUGCAGUAGUAGAUUCCGAAAAUGACAGCUCUUGGGAAUGGUUUCUUCACAAAAUAAAGGAAACUUAUGGCGAAAGAGAAGGUCAAUGCAUCGUAUCAGAUAGACAUAAGAGUAUACUAAAAGCAGUAAAAGAGACAUUUCCAGAUAUAAUGCAUGGGGUAUGUUGUUACCAUUUGAUGAAGAAUAUAAAAAUGAAAUUCAAAAAAGGAGGUGAUGAGCUCAAGAUUGCAUUUAAUAGUGCAUCUAAAGCUUACAACAUAGAAGAUUUUGAAAAGAGCAUGCAAUACUUGGACAAUAUAGAUGUAAGAAUAAGAGAUUACUUGGUGAAUGAAAUUGGUGUCGAAAAGUGGACAAGACUAUAUGGCAUGAACAGGAGAUACAAAACAAUGACAUCAAAUAUUGCCGAAUCAGUCAAUGCAGCCUUGAAAGCAGAAAACAAGAAUAGAGCCCAAAAAACUACAACAACACUGGCAAAAAUACCUGAAAAAACAUUAAAGAAACAAAGAGAUAUGAGUUUAAAGUACAAGGUUGAAACAUCAAACCUUCUGGUAUACCAAGUACGCGACAACAACAGAUCUCACAUAGUAAACUUGGAGAAUAAAACAUGCAGCUGCCAACGAUUUGAAUAUGAUGAAAUGCCUUGCUCUCAUGCAAUGGUUGUACUAAGCAAAAGGAACCUGUCUUGCUACAAAUAUUGCUCAUACUACUACACGAAAGAAGCUUUUAUGGAAACAUAUGAAGACAGUAUACUCCCAUUAGGUGAGGCAACAUCAUGGAAUAUACCAGAUUUAAUAAAAAAUAUUGUAAUCCUCCCACCUAAACAUAAGAGAGCUGCCGGAAGACCAAAGAAACAACGAUACAAAAAUGGACUUGAAGCAAAAGCACAAGUGGUAUGCGGUCAAUGUCGCCAAAGAGGACACAACAAAAGAUCAUGUAAAAAUGACCCAGUACUAAAACCACCAAGAAAAAGAAAAAGAUCAUAA